AUGAAUGGGCUUAGGUCAACCUGCAGAUGCGGGGGUGAGCCCGCACGGCGGCGAUGCCCGGCAAAUCGGGGGAGACGCUGCCGUCGAAGGGUGCUUGGUCCACGCAAAUCCCUUAACCGAGGUUCGAGAAGCGGGAAGCGAUCCGGGGUUUGCUGCGACGGGACGGGACGUCUAUUGGUGAUUGCCUUGGUGUUGGUUCUGCUCGCCCGGGUAACAACCCGCGAUGGAGGCUGCCAGGCCGGGAGACUCCCAGGAUCGCGGGAUGGCAGGCCGAGUAACGCCCACGUCCUCGCUCUCAAAACCCCAGCAUAA